CAAAAUCACUAGAAUCACUUAAAAUACAAUUCAAUGCAGUUCCUAUUAAUUAAUAAACGGAUCGAUAGAGGGCUAAAAGUCCAAGUUUAACAUACGGAAACCGCUUGUAACGAUACCAUCAUUUUUUUAGCGGAAGGUCAGAAUUUUAAUGUUGAUUUGCUCGUUAUUAUUUCAUACUCCUGUUAGUUUUCAUCUACUAACAUGACCAACCAGGUGAAAUUUUUUCAAUGCAUUUUUUCAUUGGUGAUUUAUUUUUAUACGGUGAAUCCCAUCGUGUACGGUUACAAUUUCCAACAAUCCGAGGAACAAACAGUUCGAAGCAAAAGAUCGUCCUUGUGUCCUUCCAACACCCAAUGCAUUCCGUUAUCUUCUUGCCAGUAUUUAGCCAAUAUUUUGAACAAUAACUGCCUUUUAAACAACAGGAUAUCAGACUUGAGCUGCGGCUACCAGGGAUCCGGAUUAGUGUGUUGUCCCCAAACCGCCGAAUCGACCACCAUUUUACCUGGAAAAGUCGUUGACGGGCAAAGAUGCGGAUUUUCCCAAAUACAAGGCGACAAUUACGACGGCAUCGGAGCUUUUCCUUGGAUCGCUCGAAUCGGAUUCCGAAACAUAUUGAACGGCGAAAUUAAAUACCCUUGUGCCGGCUCGAUCAUUAACUCGAGGAUCAUCUUAACCACCGCCCAUUGCGCUUUGGCCAAAGCGGACAAUUACAAAUUGUUCGCAGUACGUUUGGGCGAAUGGAAUAGCAAUACAGAAAUUGAUUGCGGUUCGGAAUUUUGCGGACUUCCAACGCAGGAUAAGUCUAUUAGUCAUGUCGUUGUCCACCCCGGUUAUCAGAAGCACACCUAUCAGGAUAACAUCGCUCUAAUCGUUUUGAAAUCGACCAUAAAUUUUACAGUUACCGCUCAGCCCGUUUGUUUACCGGAAGCUUGGUCUGUCACCAGCAACGACGCCUUCCUGGUGGGAUGGGGAAAAGCAGCAGGACAAACAUAUACUCCAUCUAGACAGCAAGUUUUGCGGCUGCCCAUCAUAAGCUUGCAGCAAUGCCAGCAGGUUUACGGCAGGACAUUGCCUGUUGGUGAGGACCAUAUUUGUGCUGGAGGUGAAGCUGGAAAUGAUGCUUGCAGCGGUUUCGGGGGCGCUCCUCUGUUGGUUCGGCAUGGAAAUACGAACUACCAGGUUGGUAUAUUGUCGUUUGGAUCCGAUCAAUGCGGAAGUCCCGGUGUGCCCAGCGUGUAUACGAAUGUGAAGAAAUAUGUGUCGUGGAUUAGAGAAAAUACUCCUCAAGGAUACGAUAAAUACUCGUAGAUGUUUUUGUAAGGUGGAAAUGGAACUAAACAAUUUUUGCUAAACUCGAAAUUUUAU